AACCAGAGUCCACUUUGGACUUGUCUUUCCGUUACCUAUGUUGUUUUAAUCAUCGACCUUGUUUACCUGUACGUGUAAACUUUUGUAACUUGAUUCAUGUUUAAAGGAGUCCUCAGAAAGUCCUUAUAUACGGAAUACUAUUUGGACUGUUGUUUAGAUACUUUUUUAUUACGCUUAGUUGCUAAUUAGGCACAUCGUCACAAAACAACUACCAAUACUACCAAUAUUACCAAUACUACCAAUACCAAUACUAACGAGAAACAAGAUUUCUUGUUGUAUUCUUUUCUUUUCUUUUCUCUUUCCCCCCCUUUUUUUUUUCACUCUUACUACUUACCUCUUCUCUACUCGACUCCGUACCUGCCGCCGAGAAGGACGGUAUAUCUACCUCUGACCCUAUCCCCCCUCACGUGUUGUGCCGUAAACUGUCUUCAUUGGCAUAGAAUCCUUGGGACUUACCGGUUAUUAAAAAAAAAGAGUAAAAAAAAUGUCCGAAGACGUAUCCAAAUUCCUACUCCAGAUUAAGGAGCUGGGUGAUCGACGAAUUGAAGAAGACGAAGCUCGUUCACGAGAGCUUGAAGAGAGAAUAUUACGAGAAAGAAAAGAACGAGAAGCUCGGCGCGCAGAGCGUGCCAGGUCUAUUUCACCUCAAAAAUCCUCGCCUGUAAAUACCCCACCGCCUUCAUCCCACCAACACGACAUUCCUGCCUCACCUGGCCGAUUAAACCUAGACGAAUCUCCUGUCCUAGGCCUUCCUGCUGCUAUUAAAUCAUAUGCUACUCACAACCCCGAGGAAAUGAUCAGCCCAAGACCAUUUUCCGACUCGGCUUCCAAAGAGAACGAAUCUCCACUCGAACCGGAAGACAAGCAACUACCUCAAACCACUCCUACCCGAGCUAGGGGGCUUUCAUGGCAAAGACGGCCUAAUUCGCAAGCCUCCGAACGUUCGCGAAGUCGACCCCUGUCUGUUGUUGCUGCCGAGAACGCGGCACGGAAUACACCCUCUGAACCUCCUUCGGCGGCCGAAACUGCAUCUAAAGACCAAAUUGCUCCGGUAUUAUCCUUUAAAGACCCCCCAGGACCACGCCAAGCUGGAGACGAGGGUACUACUUCCUCUGCGGAGAAAAAUAGUCCAGUUGAGGAUAGUUCAACAGAAAUGUCCCGUGCACCUUCUAAUGAAGUUGCAAAAGACGAUACGGAUUCGCAGCCGACUUCCCCUAAUCAACAUAACAAACUAGGUUCGCCUUUGCACUUGUCGGCGUCUCAAAGACUGGACCCCCCUAACAGUGAUGCUCAACUGGAGAUGGAGAAUAGUCAACAGUCGCCAGGCAUGUCUCUUUCAGGACGAACUUCGCCCUCUAAGCUGGACAGAUCAAGCUCACCGACGAAAGGAAUGGGAGGAUUUGUACAGAGCGCUAUGAUGAAACGGUCGGAUAGCAUCAAGAGGUGGAGCAUUCAAUCACCUACAGGUGUGCCUCGGGUAGAUCCAAUUGUCUCGCACAGGACAGGCGGUGGGACUAGGUCAAGACCUACCAGUUUAAUCCGUGAUCCUUCUGUGGAAGUCUCACCGAAGCCUUCGGCUAGUCAAGACGGAGAGCACCAGGAAGAAGACGCGACUAUUACCGAGAAGCCUGCCGAUCCACUCAAAGUUGAAGUUAAACCCUUACCGAAUUCGCCGGAACAGGAAUUAGGUCGAGCUACACCUACAACUCCCUCUAAGACCUUGGAUUCUAGGCGAUGGAGCCCUACGAAGUCUAGCUGGCUCGAAUCGGCUCUGAACAAACCCGAAUCUCCCAAGCGGGGGCACACCCCGUCAAAAAGCCAACCUUCUUGGAUGGCAGAUCUCCAGAAAGCAAGGGCCGAAAAGGCUGUUAAUUCUACUACUGAGAGAAGUAGGUCGCCAACUGUUUCGCAUAAGCAUCAAGUCAGUAUUGGUGGACUUAUGAGGUCUUCUGCACCUGGUAUUACCACGAAACCGCCGCCUGGCUUGGGUGUUCUUAAUAUAGGUGGUACUGCCGCCCGCACCGAUGAUAGCAGCAGUCCCACGAAAGAUACUCAGAGCCCUAUAACGCCAGGCGUGAAGAGCCCAGACGUGAAGAUCCCAGAUCUGAAGAGUCCAGACCUGAAGAGCUUAGAUCCAAAGAGCACAGAUCUGAAGAUCCCAGAUCUAAAGAGCCCAGAUCUGAAGAGUCCAGACCUGAAGAGCUUAGAUCUAAAGAGCCCAGAUCUGAAGAGCCCAGACUUGGAUCGUAAACUGCCGUUGCCGGCUGUCAAACCAAAGCCUGACAUGCCGCCUAAGGUGGAUUUCCGAGCGAACCUAAAACCUAGGCAACCACCGGUUACUACUAAUGAUAACCCAGAAAGCGAGUUUAAAAACGUCUUUAGUAAACUUCGAAAAACGACAACGCAGAGCUAUGUUCCACCAGAUGAACUCAAAGACAAUAUUCUGAAAGGGAAAGCAUCUCUUAAUCUUACAGGUGGCCCGCAGAAGACAGAACGUGUUGACGAAUUAAAGGAGGCUAUUCUGUCAAGGAAGAAGGAUUUCCAGACAGUACAAGCGGAGGGCCGUGGUGUAACUCGAAAUAACAGCACAGCAAGUGAAACACCAAUUCCCGAGGGUAUAGCGAGGCGCAACACACUUUUGAGAUCAAAUACGCUGGGCCAAGAUUCUGCAGCAGCAAUCCAAGCAGCCAUUGCGGAUAUCCCGAAGCCAGGUAUAGUAUCAAGACGUGAUUCUACCCAGGAUACACCGUCUCCCAAGCCACAAAGGUUUGGUGGUGCUGGGAAUCCGGAUCUAACUGCGGGUUCCACUCCUAAGACAGACAUUCCAAAUAUCCCGAGGCGAGGUUCAGCUCAAGCCGUCUCAAUCGUUAAGGACACAACUGUUCCUGACCGGCUACAAGGAAAACCCUUGGGUGGUGGCUUGGCUGGUCGAUUCAACCCUGCUCUUGCUGGUUUAAUUGCUAGGGGACCACCUGGUGUAGCUCCUGGAUCUUCAUCUAGCACUGCAACCUCUAAAUCACGCGAUGACGCAACUGAUGUGAAUGAUAAUAAGGCUGGCUCGGGGCCAAAGUUGACACAUAUGACCAAGGGUCGCGCUAGAGGGCCCAAGAGAAAUGCACCAACUUCAAUAACUGCCGCAGCCCCUCAUGCACCAGAGGAAACUCCGUCUAACAGCGUAACAGUUGGACGCGCAGCAUCGCCAGAGAAGUCUCUCGAUUCCCCGCCAAAUCCUGAAGCAAACGACGUGGGCAAAGAUCAACUAGCAAGGCCGAGCCCGCCGUUGAUAUCUCCUAAUCUUUUCUCAAAUCCGUUCAUCGCCGCUGCAGCGUCAGAAGCCGGUAAGGCGCCGGGUCCAAGCAAAAUUCACGAGCAGGUAGCUGCCUUCGCGAAUCAGAGGAGACCACGGUCGCCCACAAAGGUAUCGGAUGACUCUAAAGAAUCCACUUCGCAACCGUCGUCUCCGAAGAAGCUCGAUGCGAGACGAAUGUCACGAUUUCUUGAUGAUGCAACAACACAAGCUGUUGGGAAAAUGGGUGAGCCUCAGGUGGUGAAAAAUGUGAAGGGGGACGAUGAGACGCCUUCUAUGGCAAAGCCAAAACCAGGUUCUGAUAAACCUCUUGUUCAGGAUCUACCAAAAUCGCAACCUCAGUCGCCGCCGCUGAACAAGUCAAGGACGCCACUGCCAGAUCCGCUUUCUUUAGGUCCGAAGAAGCUUUCCUCUAACGACACUUUCGGCUCUUCUCCCUCUCCAGAAGUUGUAAAGACUCCUGCUUCGAUCGAACGACCCUUACCCGCUAUUCCAACGCAUAACGGAUUAGAAAAGGCAUUGCCCCCGCGUCCAUUGCCAGAAGAACCUAAACAACUCCCACAGUCCCCCCCUAACCGUAGUUCAAGAACGCCGCCUCCGACGUCAUCGCCCAUACGGUCACCCUCUAAGCAGUCGUUUGAAGCUUCAACUUUACUUGGCGACUUUUUCGGCUCUGAACGUACACGCAAAAGUUAUAAUGUAGAUGCGGCUGAAUUGCUAAUGCAUCGACUAAGUAUAGCGCCACCUAAGAUCCAAACAUUAAGUGCACAGCUAUUUCAAUUUUCAGCAGACGGCAAGAAACUACCUGUGCCGGCCCACAACGAACGAACUUUGUUCGAAGGAGAGAUGUAUAUUUGUACUCACACGUUCAAGGAUGAAUCGGGCAGGAAGUUUACAGAGGUUUAUUUCUGGGCAGGAGAUGACGUUCCCCGCUCUACUGUCGACGAUGCGUCGUUAUUUGUAUCACGGGAAGCACGAGCUCUAGGCGGCAAGCUAGUCAAACUUUAUCAAGGCAAGGAGACUCCCGAAUUUCUACAGGCCUUGGGAGGUAUAGUUAUUGUCCAACGAGGUUCAGGCAAUAAGUUUGACUCGCUAGCACCGCACAUACUCUGUGGGCGGCGGUAUCGAGGGCAUAUCGUUUUCGAUGAGGUUGACUUCGCACCUACAACUUUAUGCUCUGGAUUCCCGUAUGUUGUAUCGACAGGUGGAAAAUGUUAUUUGUGGAAGGGCAAGGGUAGCGGUGUAGACGAGCUGAGCUGCGCGCGUCUCAUAGGAAUGGAUUAUGCAUUAUCAGGCGAGAUGGAAGAAAUCGAAGAUGGCCACGAGCCAGCAAGUUUCUGGGACCUUUUUAAUGUGAAGUCUAAGGCUAUGUCUGCGGAUCAUUGGCGUCUCAAACCGAGCUACGAUAAAUACUGCUGUAGGCUGUUCUGCUCAAACGCAGCCUCUAAGCAGCAAAUCGUUGAGAUAUCUCCAUUCUCGCAGGCCGAUCUACGACCGACGAAUAUAUAUGUCCUUGAUGCGUUCUUCGAGCUCUACAUCAUCGUAGGGUCCCGAGCCCAAGCGCAGUACGCGUCGUUUCAUAACGCAUUAGACUUCGCGCAAGAGUACGGAAUUCUCGCAGCUGGAAUGGAGGACAGGCCGUUCGUCCCGUUUUCAACGGUAGUGUUGGAGGGCAUUCCUCGAGACAUGAAGAGCGUAUUCCGCAAAUGGCGCGAUGCUGAGAGCCCUACAAUUACGAAUGUGAGCACUGGCCUUAAAAGGGGGCGUAGCUUGCGGGUCGUGCCUCUCAACCAGGCGCUGCAAGCGCUGAGCGAUUAGGAAUCGCGUCAGCCUUGAUGGUGGUACCUAAGAUUGGGGGCGAAUAACUACCUAGGAUGUGGUUACUUUCGAGGAGAUGUAGACCUUUUCAUCUAGCAUCCGGCAUAGCAUCAGCCACAUAGCUAUGCCCCGACAAGAUGAAGUCUAGAUGGCUUCAUAUUGCAUGUACAUACCGGGGUACGUGCACGCCUGCUCCCUUGGUGUAUCAUAUAGGGAUGUACGGAUCGGAUCAAGGGCGGAAACGGUGUUGGGGGGGGCAACACUGAUUGUAUGUAUGUACCUAGGUAUUGCAUGUUCUGGCAGGGGAGGCGUAAAUGCUUGUUUGUAGUCGGCAACACCCCGUGUUCUAUACGGCUGGCUGGCUCUUCACACUAGAUAUCAUAAGGAGAUGUCGGGCAGACACGCAAGGAGAUUAAUGUUGGGACAAUAAUACGCCAUCGAAGUUCACAAGCUUUUGCAUUGUAAAGUGGAUGCAUAUUGGCUUCUUGUGCUAUGCUAUACCGUGGCUGUGAUGACUUGCAAGGCCAUAUACCUUAGGUAGGUAGGUAGCUAUUAUGAUAGGGCUGAUGGGCUUGUUAGCCUAGUACGCCGUUUGUUGUCUAGCCAAGCUUCCGUUGUUUAUUCAUGUUCCGG